AUGAUUUUGUCACCCGCCGAACGGUCCUAUCUCUACGACUCCCUCAUCCAAAAACCAACCAUCAGACCCGAUUCUCGGGCGGAGCAUCAAAUGAGGCCCUUGGAGGCAAAAACUUCUUUUCUUCCUGGGUCUAAUGGAUCUGCUAGAAUUAGAUUAAUGGAUGGAAGUGAAUGCAUUGUGAGCGUAAAGGCCAAGGUAGUUGUCGCAGCCAAGGAAGCAAACCUUAUUGAAUGCGACGUUGAUGUGGUAGGAUUCCGUGAUAAUUCGAAUUUCGUUUCCAACUUGAAGUUUAACUUGACCAAUCUCUUGCAACAAAACUUUCCUAGUGAUUACUUAAGAUUAACAUCCAAAUAUUCAUUCAAACUUUUCAUCGAUUGCAUUGUCAUAAGUCACUCAUCAUACCCAUUAACCUUAAUAUCAUUAACUUCUUAUUUGGCUCUCAAAACUACCAAGUUACCAUUGUUGGUGAGUGAAACCAAUGACGAAGAAAUUGCAGAGUUACCAACUUUUUCAGACGACUGGGAUAAUGCCAAGCCUAUUGCAGACUACUUCAAAGGGAAAGGUAAGGAAUUCCAACCACCAAUUUUCAUAACUUUAGGUUACGUUGGAAGCAAUUUAAUCUUUGAUCCUUCAGUUGAAGAAGAACAAGUUUUGGAAAACGGCUUGAUCGUCACAUUUUACAAUAACAAGGUCAUCACACCAAUAGCCAACAUGAACUUGGCUGUCAAUUCCAAUAACUCCAACUUCAAGGGAUUAAACCAAACUGCCAUCAUCAAAAGUAUUCAAAUGGGAAACAAGUUUGGAGGUGCUAUAAUUAGAGCUUUAGAUGCUUUGAUAGAGCAAGAUGAUGAUAAUGAUGCUAUAUUUUGA